AUGAGUUAUUAUUAUUUUACUUCAGAGAUCCCUCAGGUGGUCUUGUUGACAAAAGUGGACGUGGCUUGUCCUCAUGUGAAGGAGAACAUCAAACAAAUCUACAAGAGUCGGGCAAUCUUCCAUAAGGCACAAGCAUGUAGUAAUGCCUUUGGAGUCCCCAUGAGCUGCAUCUUCCCAGUGAAGAACUAUGACAAGGAGAAGCAGCUCGACCCUGAUGUGGAUGCAGUGCUGCUGUUUACACUGAGAGAGAUCCUGAGCUUUGCCAACGACUGUGAAGGAGAUCAAGGAGCAUGAGGUGAAGACCUCAGGAGAAGAAG